AUGGACAGCGAAUGGUUUCGAGGACAGGUCGUCUUCCUCACGGGGGCAACUGGGAAUCUCGGUGGAUGCCUGCUAUACAAGCUAGCCAUUCAACUUCCAACCGCGAAGAUCUUCGUGCUGGUGCGGGGAUCUGUCCAAAAGGCAAUUGAAGCAUGGGAGCAGUCGAUGCCAGAGCAAGUGGAGGAGAUUAUCGCCACUUGCAAGAUCCAAUUCUUCCUCGGUGACAUGACCCAGCCUAACCUCGGUCUCUCGCCCGCCAACCUAUCACGUUUACAAAAUGAGGUCACGGUGGUGAUCAAUACUGCUGGUGACAUUGCUCUCUCUCGAGAUCUCGCAGAGACUAUACCAGUUAAUUGCACUGCUCAUCUGACGCUAGCUACUCUACUAGACAGUUUCACUCAGCUGCAAUGUUUCCUCCACAUAUCAACUACAUAUGUCUCCAGUUUUCUCCCUGACGGCGUGGUCAAAGAGCAAAUAUACCCCCUGUACGAAGACCCGGCAAAGGAACUAGAGAAGAUUCUCGCCACAGGAAAAUCCUCUUAUACGAAACAAUUCGCGGCUCCCUACGCACUGGCCAAACACCUGGCUGAAUGUUUGCUUCUGGGUGGUGACCACAAAUUCCCCAUCCUCAUUGUGCGACCCUGUCUCAUAUCACCAGCUAUUGCGGAGCCCUACCCGCUCUACGGCAGCGAUGGCGCCAUACCCGUACAUUCCUUCCUGCAGAUACUCCUAGGAGACGCGGAAUAUGGACCUCUGAAGCUCGAGCAGACACUACCUUUCCAUGCAGCCUGCAAUGAGAUCCCAGUCGACCUCGUGGCUCGUACUUGUCUGGCUCAUGUUGCCCAAGGCACGACUGGUGUAGUCCACGCUAGCGCCGAUCUUUAUGUCUCCCGAUCGAUUGGGGACCUGCUCGAGCGGAUGCGCCGCCAUGCACCAGAGGGAGCAGCUGAUCAGGUACAAAAGGCUGGGAUUGACCACGGAGAGGUCACGGCUCCGGAGUUCUACACCAUGAUCCAGCAAUUUGCACGGGACUGGAAGAUUGAAUGUACGCGAUCUGCUCACCUACAGCAGGUGGUGGGUCCCUUGGGGCUUGACCUUGGCGAUCAUGACCCAGAGAUAUUCUUUAAACUUCGUAUCGAGCGGCUGGCUAAGACUCUUCUGGAAAAGUUGGAAAGUGCUAGCGUGGCAAGCAACAAGGUCUAUCCGAGUAUCUCAUGA